GCUGCAGCCGACGAGCGCGGCCCCGCGGCGGGCGUGCUCGUGCUCGUGCCCGAGCCCGGCCCCGCCGCCGAGACUCUCCCCCUCCCCGCCCCCAUUGAGGUGGCAUCAACAACGUAAAGAUGGAGGUAACGGAGCUGCUGCUGGUGUCGCUGCUGCUGGCUUUGUUAGCGCUGCUGAUAGUGGCGGUCGCAGUGCAGGGCCGGAAACGCUGGAACAAGAAGUCCGGCAAACAACGGGACGAUAAGAAAAACAAUGGAGUUUUCUUCCCUAAAUACCACGUGCACAGGAAACAAAAGCAGCGAUACCAUAAGGAAAAGCCUCAUCAACACAUUUUUGUUCAUGCUCUCCUGGCCGCCACGUUGAAGAGCCAUGGCGGGAACAUCACUAGCAUGGACUUCAGCAACAACGGUAAAUAUCUGGCAACCUGUGCCGAGGACCGCACCAUCCACGUCUGGAGCACCAAGGAUUUCUUGCAGCGUGAACAUCGAAGUCUUCGAGUUAACGUGAAAUUGGACCAUGCCACCUUGGUGCGCUUCAGCCCUGACUGCAGAGCCUUGAUCACCUGGCUGGCUAAUGGAGACACCAUCCGUGUUUUCAAGAUGAAAAAGAAAGAAGAUGGUAACAGUACUUUCCAGCCUAUGGCAGAGGACUUUCCUAAGAGGCACAAGGCACCGGUUAUCAACAUUGGCAUUGCUGAGACAGGAAAGUUCAUCAUGUCUGUCUCCAGUGACACUACAAUCAUCAUCUGGACCCUAAAGGGGGAAGUGCUGUCCAUCAUCAACACAAACCAGAUGAACAACACUUACGCAGUCAUCUCCCCUUGUAGCAGAUUUGUGGGCUCGUGUGGCUUCACUCCAGAUGCUAAAGUUUGGGAAGUUUGCUUUAGCAAAAGUGGGCAGUUCCGAGAGGUGACACGGGCAUUUGAACUGAAGGGCCAUACCGCGGGUAUCCACUUCUUGGCUUUCUCCAAUGACUCCUGCCGGAUGGCGACCGUCUCCAAGGAUGGGACAUGGAAGUUGUGGGCCACAGACGUAGAGUACAAGCAGCAACAAGACCCUUACCUCCUGCUGACAGGGACCUACGAUGAGGCAGUCUCCGAGCCUUGCAUCCUGGCACUCUCUCCAGAUGCCCAGGUCUUGGCUCUGGCCAGCAGCAACAACAUACGUCUCUAUAACACAAAGCACGGUGAGGAAGAAGAGAACUUUAACAAGGUCCAUGAGGAUCGUGUGGCUGAAGUGACCUUUGACACCACAGGUCGGUUCCUGGCUUCCUGUGGAGACAGGGUAGUGAGGGUCUUCCAUAACGCCACUGGCCAGAAGGCCAUAGUGGAGGAGAUUCGGGGGCUCCUCAAACGGGCACCCACUGAAACCACCCGACAGAGGCUAAAUCAGCAACUGGUCCAAGCCCAGGCUACUCUCAAAAGGCUGGGGGCCGUGAAGGUCUGAGGAAGAAAAAGUUGAACUUAGAAGGGAAUAAUGAGAGAAGAGGGAUCCCUGCUGCAUUUGCUCCUGCUCCCCCUUCCCUUGGCCCAAGAUGGCCUUGAAACAGGGGCACAUCAUAAUAAGAUCUCUCUCUCUUUUUACCCCUUUCCUUGCCCCCCACCCCCUUCUGUCUCAAUAGACAUUUUGGGGUCUGCAGACUAAAACUAGCUGCUCUUCCACCAGCUCAGGCCUUGUCCCUGGGUCUCUAGAAACAUUCCAUGUUGGUAUUCUGAUACAUGGAAAAGAGAAACUCUAAGUCCCCUGAUUUUGUGACUCCAGGCCCUACUUUUUCUCCAAGGGAAGACCUCAGUCCCGUAAAGCCAUUGUCUUGGCAGCUGCCUUUGGGUGUAGGUAGUAAUUAAUUGUGGUGCUUGUCCUUGCUGUGGGUCCAAGGGACAGAUUUCAGCCAGACCUGGACAGUAUUAUAGGAGGAAAAGAGAAAUGAAUGGACCUGGUAGAGGGUGGAGUCAGAAUAAUCUUUUAUCUUGUGGCAGCCCAUUUAUAAGCAUGAUUAGAGGUAGGCCAAAGCUGGUUUUAGAUAAGGACCAACAUUCAUUGGAACAGAAUGGGCAGGUGUUUUAUUUCCAAAUAAUGGAGCUAGGGCCAAGAGAUGCAAAAAUUGGGUCAUUAUUAACCCAUGAUUCUUGACUCAGGGGUGACCCGGGCAGGCCACUAAAUCUUCUGUUUUCCUCCAUGUCAUAGUUUGUAAAAGGAGAGGAAUGAUACCCACCUGUUAACCUACCUCACAGGGGUGUUGUGAGGGCAGAUGAGAGUGUGUCAUUUUCUUCCAUUUUGGACAAAAGAUGCUAAAGCUUUGAA